UUCUCCACUGUCUCCAAGAUCAUCUUUGAGUCCUUGGACUAUCUGGAGGACCGGCUGAAGAACUUUAAAUCUGCUACUGGAAACUUUUCCGUCUCUGUUGGCUGCAGCCAUGAAGUCCCGUCGAUCCAGCUGCACAGAUUCUGGAUCCGAAUCUUCAGAGACCGACUCCAAGACCCCAGAGAAAUUUGAGACGGCAACGAAGCGACGGAUGGCGGCCAAUGCCAGAGAGAGGAAAAGAAUGCAGGGUCUGAACACGGCCUUUGACUGCCUACGGAAAGUGGUGCCCCAGUGGGGGCAGGACAAAAAGCUUUCCAAGUACGAAACCCUGCAGAUGGCCCUCAGCUACAUCGUGGCGCUCAACAGGAUCCUGACAGACCCCAGGAGGCAUGCAGCUCCUCACCACCAGUGGCUGGACCUGCAGACGGAAAACUACUCGUGCCUGAUGAGGUACGAGCAUCCUGCAGGGCAGGAGUUCCUCCAAUCAUCCUUUCCUUACGAGUUUGACGGCCAUCACCUUCAUGCAUGAACCUCUGGUGGACAAUCGGUCAUAUUGGUGGACAAUGUGAAUGCCUUUCUUCUAGUCUGGAAGACAGUAAAUACGUUUGUAUUGCUUUAUUUCUUUAUUUCU